GCGGGGAGGCGGCUCCGCUCGGCCCCGCCGCUCCGGUAAUUGCGGCCGGGACGGCUGCUCCUGCCCCGCUCUCCCCGCCGCGAUCCCGCCCCGUUGCGGUGGGCGGCCCGCCUGGGGCUGUGGGGCAGAGGAGGCCGAGGCAAGGCAGGGAGCUGCGCCGGCGCUUCCCGCGGCAGGUCUGGAGGCGGCCGUGCGGGCUGCGCUACGUGUCCCUCCGCGGCCCCGCACCGACACCGGCAGCUGCGGCUCGGCCUCGGGUCCCGGGCGUUCCGCGGCCGGGGUCUGUGGCUGCGCGGGGAGCGGCAGCGCGCAAUGAGAAGACUUGAGUAGAAUUUCACAAUGGAGGCAAAAUCCAUAGUCAUCAGUGUGGAGGGGAUGACAUGCAAUUCUUGUGUUCAAACCAUUGAAGAGCAUAUUGGGAAGAUGAAUGGUAUCCAUAACAUUAAGGUAUCUCUAGAGGAGAAGAAGGCAGUCGUCAUUUAUGACUCAAAGCUGCAGACGCCGACAGCGCUGCAGGAAGCAAUAUAUGACAUGGGGUUUGAUGCUACAUUAGCUGAUUCAAACCCACAACCUGUUUUACCUGACACUAUUUUUCUUACAAUCCCUACUCAGUCAGCUCUAACAUCUAAACAGAUUUGUAGCACACUACUAAAGAACAGAGGUAUCAUGGAUGUUAAAUUGUCUUCUGAUCAAAAGACUGCAGUGGUGACUUUCAUUUCUGCCAUUACAAAUGGCAAGCAGAUUAUUCAGAUGGUCCCAGGAGUAGAUUUAAAUAUCUCUGCACCAGAGAUAAUGCCUGGAGCUUCUGAAGAUCCCAGCUGGUCUCAAGCAAGUAGUGUUGUGCUGCGCCUGAAGGUAGAGGGGAUGACUUGUCAUUCCUGCACCAGCACCAUCGAGGGGAAGAUUGGCAAAUUGCAGGGAGUUCAGCGGAUUAAAGUGUCUCUGGACAAUCAGGAAGCUGUUGUUGUCUACCAGCCUCAUCUAAUUACAGCAGAAGAAAUAAAACACCAAAUUGAAGCAGCAGGUUUCACAGCAUCCUUCAGAAAGCAACCUAGACCCCUCAAGCUCAGUGCUAUUGACCUGGAAAGGUUGAGGAAUACUCAGACCAAAGGCUCUGAGACAGCACUGAAAGAAAACUGCAACAUGAAUGACACAAAGACAGUUGUCUUCAGAAUCGAUGGCAUGCAUUGCAGGUCAUGUGUCCUCAAUAUUCAGAGCACCAUAUCAGCACUCCCAUCAGUAACAAGCAUAGUUGUUUCCUUAGAGAAGAAAUCUGCUGUUAUAAACUAUAACCCAAACUUAAUUAGCAUAGAUGUACUGAGAAAAGCCAUCGAGGCAGUGUCUCCAGAGACAUUUAAAGUCAGCCUUCCUGACGAACAUGAAAACGUAGCACUUUUCCCCACGCUGACUUCUCCACUGAAGUCUCCUCAGCCACCUCUGAAGGAUGCUGGCCAGCCACUUACUCAAGUUGCUGUGAUCAACAUUGAGGGAAUGACUUGCAACUCUUGCGUGCAGUCCAUCGAGGGAGUCAUGUCCCAAAAAGCAGGUGUCAGGUCUAUUUGUGUGUCUCUUGCAAAUCGUAACGGGACUAUAGAGUAUGACCCUCUGCAGACAAGCCCAGAAGACCUGAGAGCCUCGAUAGAGGAGAUGGGAUUUGAUGCAUCCUUAUCAGCAAAGGCAAAACUAGCUCAGCCCUCACCAGAAGGGCAGCUGGAAUCUCACAAAAACGAGCCUCCCUCCAAAGUGUCACCAACCCACCUUGCUAGACGAGAGACAAAGACUAUAUCAAAGUGCUACGUCCAAGUCACAGGGAUGACUUGUGCAUCAUGUGUAGCCAACAUUGAGAGAAAUUUGAGAAGAGAAGAUGGAAUACAUUCGAUACUGGUUGCCCUAAUGGCAGGAAAGGCAGAAGUGAGGUAUAAUCCUGCUGUCAUUCACCCUUCAGCUAUUGCAGAGCUCAUUCGGGAGCUGGGAUUUGGAGCUACCGUGAUGGAAAAUUGUGGUGAAGGAGAUGGAAUUCUGGAACUUGUUGUGAGAGGAAUGACAUGUGCUUCUUGUGUACACAAAAUAGAAUCCACCCUCAUGAAGACUAAUGGUGUCUUGUACUGCUCUGUAGCUCUUGCAACCAACAAAGCACACAUUAAAUAUGAUCCUGAGGUUAUAGGUCCUCGAGAUGUUAUACAAGUGAUAAAGGAUUUAGGUUUCACUACUUCAUUGGUCAAAAAAGAUAGAUCUGCUAGUCAUCUAGAUCACAAACAGGAAAUAAGGCAGUGGAAAAGGUCUUUUGUUGUGAGUCUCGUUUUCUGUAUUCCUGUCAUGGGGCUGAUGAUUUACAUGAUGGUUAUGGACAGUCAGCUCUCAGAUGCUCAUGCACAUCACAACAUGAGCAGUGAGGAAAUGGAGGCCCUUCACUCCUCUAUGGUCCUGGAAUACCAGCUCCUACCAGGAUUGUCUGUUAUGAAUUUUCUGUCAUUUUUACUCUGCGUCCCUGUACAGAUAUUUGGAGGCUGGCACUUCUAUAUCCAGGCAUACAAAGCAGUGAAGCAUAAAACUGCAAAUAUGGACGUGCUCAUUGUUCUGGCAACCUCCAUUGCCUUCGUCUACUCAUUUGUUAUUCUUCUAGUUGCAAUGGCUGAGAAAGCAAAAGUAAACCCCGUCACGUUCUUUGACACACCUCCUAUGCUGUUUGUGUUCAUCUCCCUGGGCCGGUGGCUAGAGCAUGUUGCAAAGGGUAAAACAUCAGAAGCUCUGGCAAGACUAAUUUCAUUACAAGCUACUGAAGCUACUAUUGUUACCUUGGGCCCUGGUAACAUUCUUUUAAGUGAAGAGCAAGUUGAUGUCGAACUGGUUCAACGAGGUGAUGUUGUCAAAGUGGUGCCAGGAGGCAAAUUCCCAGUGGAUGGUCGUGUUAUUGAAGGACACUCUAUGGUAGAUGAAUCUCUUAUCACAGGUGAAGCGAUGCCUGUGACUAAAAAGCCUGGCAAUACCGUCAUUGCAGGCUCUAUCAAUCAGAACGGGUCGCUGCUGAUUUCAGCAACCCAUGUUGGAGCUGACACGACUCUGUCCCAGAUUGUUAAACUUGUGGAGGAGGCCCAGACCUCAAAGGCUCCUAUCCAGCAAUUUGCAGACAAACUUAGUGGCUACUUUGUUCCCUGUAUUGUGGCUGUCUCUGUGGUGACCCUUUUUGCCUGGAUUAUAAUUGGAUUUGUGGAUUUUGAAAUAGUAGAAAAAUACUUUAUGGGUUACAACAAGAGCAUUUCUGCAGCUGAAGUGAUAAUCCGCUUUGCUUUCCAAGCUUCCAUCACAGUCCUGUGCAUUGCAUGCCCCUGUUCUCUGGGAUUAGCCACCCCCACAGCUGUGAUGGUUGGGACUGGAGUAGGAGCUCAGAACGGGAUACUGAUCAAGGGAGGAGAGCCAUUGGAGAUGGCACAUAAGGUGAAGGUGGUUGUAUUUGACAAAACAGGCACUAUUACUCAUGGAACUCCAGAAGUGAUGCAGGUGAAGUUCCUAGUGGAGGGCAACCAGCUUCCACAUAAUAAAAUGCUGGCAAUAGUGGGAACUGCAGAGAGUAAUAGUGAGCAUCCUCUUGGAGUAGCAAUAACAAAAUACUGCAAAAGGGAGCUGGACUCGGAAACCCUUGGGACAUGUACAGAUUUUCAGGUAGUUCCAGGCUGUGGUAUUAGUUGUAAAGUCACGAAUAUUGAAGCAUUGCUCUACAAGAAAAACAGAAUGGUUGAGGAAAACAAUGUUAAAAAUGUGACACUUGUGAGAAUUGAGGAAAAUACAGAUGAAUCAGUGGAGCCUGCCUUGAUUAUUGAUGCUGAACUACCAACUACUGUGACUCCUCAAAAAUACUCUGUUCUCAUUGGGAACCGGGAAUGGAUGAGUAGGAAUGGCCUCAUUAUUAAAAAUGAAGUUGAUAAAGCCAUGAUGGAACAUGAGCAGAGAGGUCGCACAGCUGUUCUAGCAGCUGUUGAUGGAGUGCUUUGUGGCUUGAUAGCUAUUGCUGAUACUGUGAAGCCAGAGGCUGAGCUGGCAGUCUACACUUUGAAGAGUAUGGGAUUAGAAGUUGUCCUAAUGACUGGUGACAACAGCAAAACAGCAAGAUCUAUUGCGUCUCAGGUUGGCAUCACGAAAGUGUUUGCAGAAGUUCUACCCUCCCACAAAGUAGCCAAAGUGAAACAGUUACAAGAUGAAGGAAAACGGGUGGCCAUGGUUGGAGAUGGUAUCAAUGACUCCCCAGCUCUUGCUAUGGCCAAUGUGGGAAUUGCUAUUGGCACAGGGACUGAUGUAGCUAUUGAGGCAGCUGACGUGGUUCUAAUUAAGGAUGACUUGAUGGAUGUGGUAGCAAGUAUAGAUUUAUCAAGGAAAACUGUGAAAAGGAUCCGAAUCAACUUUGUUUUUGCUCUAAUUUAUAAUCUCAUUGGAGUUCCCAUAGCUGCUGGUGUCUUCCUGCCCAUUGGUUUGGUUUUGCAGCCCUGGAUGGGAUCUGCAGCAAUGGCUGCCUCCUCUGUUUCUGUGGUGCUUUCUUCUUUGCUGUUGAAGAUGUACCAGAAACCGAGUUCUGAGAAACUCGAGUUCCGAGCCCGCAGCCAAGUGAGGCACAAGAGCCCAUCAGAAAUCAGUGUCCACAUUGGAAUUGAUGAGACUGGAACAGAUUCUCCCAAACUGAGCUUAAUGGAUCAAAUCAUCAAUUACAGUAGAGCCUCUAUAAAUUCUCUCUUUUCAGACAAGCGUUCAGUGAACAGCAUAGUUCUUAAUGAACCUGAUAAACAUUCGCUUCUGGUGGGAGACUUUAGAGAAGAUGAUGACACAGCAUUAUGAAAGGCUUAUGAAAAACCUGAAGCAAAAUGAAAAAACAACCAAAACAGCUGCCUAGAGGUCUCUGCACUCAUUGAUCAUUUCUGGAGGUCUUUUCAGAUCUAUUUAUUCUUUCAUGUAGAAAGCUAGUUUUUGCAGUGACUCUUCAGGGUUUUGUAUUUUUUUUUUUUUUUCCCAACCUAGUCUUACCAAGUAGAAGUGGUGCAGGGGCUGUUAAUGCUUGCUAACAGGGCUGUGUUGCCACCAUUCCAUGAAGCUUGCAGUAUAGAUUUUUUUUUAAUUUAUUUUUGGAAAAUGACAAGAUUCAAUUAAGGAAACCAAGGAACCAGAAUCUUAUUUCCCCGGCCUUAUAACAGGCUGUUUUAUGCAUAAUCAAGUUUAGUACUGUGUUAAAUGUUAUAAAUUACUGUGUCUGCAAAAUACUGAAGGUUCAGUGUUUGCAGAUAGAUGUGCCUUACUUCACAACUGCCAGGACCCCUCUUGUUUCCAUAGCCUUUUCAACCAGAAAUGGUUCCUAUCAAAUGCCUUUUCUUUUUACAAAUGCCUGGUUCCAGCUUUCCACACUGAGCUUUGAGUCAUGUCACUGUGAUCUGGAUUCCUGUGAAGCAGAGACACCCCAGAGGUUUUGGGUUUGCUUUCUAACAUUAUAGACACUUUUAACUGUAUCCAUGCCCCAGAACACUCCUACUAAGAAUAAAGAUUGAAUUGGUUGGGAAGUUUGCUUGUUCCAAAUCUCUCCGAAGCCAAAAACUCCUGCAACAUCUGAAUUAGGUAUGAAUAAUGUGCUAUUAGCCAAAAUGUUCAGCUUUUAGGAAGGCAGCAAUGUAGUUAGUGCUCACUACCAGUGUCUACUAGCACUCCUUAAAUGAACCUGAAUAGUUUGGACUGGUGUCAAGCAGACUGCCUUUAAAAUCUUCACAGAUUGGUCUUUGUAGCUAUCUCACUCCAUCAAAUAACUUACUGUGUGUCAGACACUGCACUGUCAGUUGCUUGUAAAGAGAAGUGUCUGGAUACCAGGAAUGCUCCAGAACCCACUCCAUAGAUUGAUCUAAAUCUGCUUGGGAUGUUUGGAUCCAGGCUUCGUGAAUUAAGACAGUCUACAUUUCUAACUGAACUUGAAAUACCAAAAUGCAGGUUUUGAUCAUUAAAUCAUUAAUAUUAAAAAUACUCUCAAUGAGAAAUAAAUUACCCAGUAGCUAGCUACCUGUUUGUUACUUAAUAAAACUUGUUCUUUCAAUCCUCUGCUGAGACAGCUAUCUGAAGCAAUUACUAGGUUCAAUGAUGUUGGAUUACAUUACAAAAUAUACUCCAGGGUGUAAAAGUAAUUUUCAGUUUGUAUGUGUAGAAGUACUCAGUUUGGAGUAUGAUAAAGAGAUCUCUGUAGAGUUCUGAUUUUUAACUUGAAGUCUGAUAUGGGUGUGUAGAUCAUGUAUGUAAAAUGUAAAAAGUUAAUAGCUUUUGCAUUUUAUCUGAGAACUACCAGAAAAAUACCAGUGUGUGGAAACAGAAAAAUUUUACUAUGGAAUAUGUUGUUAGUUAAUCAGUAUACUUGUUAUAUUGCAGUGAGGAGAACAAAAUUUGUUGCUACUGCUAGUUUAAGAAACAAAAUACUUCUGUUGUGGGAUUUAGGUUCUUGAUAUCUCUACACAAAUAUAGAUUUUUUUUUAUUGUUAUCUACAUGUAUAUAUUGUAGUGUUGAGAAAUGCUGAGAUAGAUUACUGCAAAGCCAUUCCAUAAGAUGUUGUUCUUUUUUCAGCAACAAAGCUGUUUCUUGCAUAGCAGAUAGUUACCUAAAAACUGUUUGAUCAUAUUAUGAUGGAAUUUCAGUGCUUCAUGACCAGGCAAACUGUUUCCAAAGAUUUCUGUGUUCUUGUUUAUCCACACUCAUUCUCAAUGGUGUUCUUGACAAGAUUCUGUAGAUGAAAGGGAAGUAAUUUACUUUUUUGUCUGGAUUGUGCUGAUGGUGGGUCUCAAUCAUGGAGUGAAGACACGUGGCAGCUCCUAGCAUCUUUUCAGAUGGGGGUUUUGCUACUGCAGGUGAUGGUUAAGGUAUAUAUGACAUGUAAGUGACAGGUGUCCUGCUCCUACUGCAGGAAAUAGAGCAGUAUUUUAGGGUAAAUUCCUGGUAGGUAGAUAAAGCAGCAUGAAGAAUUUGUUAAAUUAUUUUUUAAUAUAUUUUUAGAGUCCUUUGGCUUUGACCUUUUAUUGCCUAGAUGGUAGGUUGAAUGUUGAUGCUGGCUUUAUCCCCAAUUUUUUCCCAAUACAGGUGUUUUUCCAGGCCUUUAUAUUUUCUGUGAAACCCAGCAUUUGAUCAGUUACAGCAAAACAAAGCUACUUUUCAAACCCAGGAUACUUCCUGAGGUGCAGAGAUGAUUACUGGGGAAUAAGGAGCAGUAAAAUGCUGGCUGAGAGAGGGUGAGGAGGUUAGCAGCUUGUGAGUACAGUCAGAGGAUCAAACUCUUAAAGAGAGAAAAUAACUAAGCUAAAGACCAGUGUUAGCCUGAGAAUGAGGGGGUAUAAGGUAGUUGUGAUAAAUCUAGGCUUGAAUUGAGAUGAAGCUUUUUAACUGUCACAGCUGUUGAGUUCCGAGACAGCUUUGGUUGGAGCUGGUGUGGGUGGAAUUGGUUUUGUGUUUCUGAAAGAGGCUGGUACGAAGUGAUGCCAGGAAGAGCAGUGGUCAGGACUUGCUGGCUGAAAAGCCCCUUUCAGCCCAAUUUUCCUCUUUUGGGAAAAUCCGUCUGGACUGGCCUUUUGAACUUGAAUUUAGUGCACAGUGUGUUUGAGUAAUGUACAGCUCAUUAAGAAACUUGGAGUCCAGAUCUUUGAAAACUGGUUGUCUGUCCAACACCACCCCCCAGACUUACAGAAUGUUUCUCUUGUGAUUAAAAUAUUCUAUAAGGUGCUUAAUGUUGAAGAACCAAAAUAUUUUUCAGUUUGAAUGUACAAUGCAAGUGAAAUCAUGCGGGAGCUAAAUGUUUUCCCAAAUGUAUAAUGUUUUAAUAUGUAAAUAUGUUACUCCUGUUGGAGAUGGUUUGGAUUCAGGAAUUUAAAAUAUCACUUGGAAACACAUAGUUACAAAUGAAAUUGUAUUACUAGCUUGUCUAUUUUAUUGUUUUCUGUAACUAGCUAUUUAUAAAACCUAUGCUCUAUUUAAAAACAAAGUACAUAUCCUUGAGGCUUUAAAACUGCUCUUUGAAUCUUGCCAAUAAACUUUUAAAAGUGUAGACACUUGAAGUUUUAUAGAAAAAAGAAUGUGAAGCUGACAAAACACAAUGGAAGCAAGCAUUUUUAUUUAUUAAAAACUGUUUAUUUUUUUGCUUAGAACUUCCAACAAAAUGUUUUACAACUUGAGAUAAUUUUUUUCUAUUCCAUUUCAAUAUGAAGAAUGGAGAAAUGAAUGCUGUUGUGGAAUGAUAAUUCAGUGCUGUUACAUUUCUUUACAUCUAGAAACAUGUAGUCUCACACUUCUUAUUCUUUUAAGACUGUGCCACCAUCAAUAUAAUGACAAUUUUAAGCUAUAUAAUAAAGUAACAUCCAAAAAGUGUUUUAAUUAAA